UCCGACCGGCCAGUUGUCAUUUGAACGCUGUACCAGGUGAAUGUGUGUACAUUUCCGCAGUGUAUAAUUAAUUUAAUAUGGAUAAGUUAAAGUGCAUUAUCGGAUGAUACUCACAUCGACCUAGUUAUGGCCUGGAAAUACAUUUUUUGGUUUUCUCUGAUGACAAGCUAUAAAGCUGAAGAAACCGAUUGGCGGACGGGCAAAUCACCAAACAUCCCCUCAGAUGGUUCAUACAAAAUUCUUAACAGAUUUGUGAAGCCAUUCAUUAAUAGGCGAGUAAUGGACAGCAGUAUUGUUUUCCCAGAUUUGACAUCAAGGUCUGGGAUAGACAUAUUCUCUCAAAUCCCCGACGAUUGUAAAACCCUGGGCAUUUGUGAAGAUAUUCCAAACUAUCCGGCGGAUAUAAUUUCAAGUGCAAUUCAACAGAUUGAAAGUGAAAACAAAUACAGGUUUAACAAAGAUGUACUAGAGCCUCCUCAACUCGCUGAGAGAAUAGGACCGGAAGAAGAAACUAUAGAUCUAUGUUCCUCUAUGGAAAGGAUAUUUGUACCCAAAGUGGCUCAAGAUAUCAACAAGGACUGGUUCCUGAUAGUUAACGACAAGCAAAAACCGCGACAAACGUUUCGAGUGGAAAUAUGCAGAGGAGGAGAAAACGCCACCUGCUCUUCUAUAGCUUUCUUCCAGAAGGGCUACAGAGGGUCAUGCGUACAGAAAUAUGUUCUACGUAACAUGAUUGCACUGAACGACAAAAAUGAAAUCAUUGAGAGACCGUUUCAAGUUCCCAGUUGUUGCUCGUGUGUCGCUAAGGCUGUUUGAUAAAUGAAUAACUUUAUUUUAUGAUAUUGUCUUUGGUAUAGGCGAGUACUAUGCUGUUAAGUACAUCAUUAACGAAUAAACGCGAAUUAAUUAGGGGCCCGGAGAUGGUUCUAAUAAUAAUUGUCCCACAGUGUGAAGUCCGGACAUUAUUUUAUUUACUAUUAAUGUAAAUAUAGCCUAUUUCCUAUACGUUACAAUAAUACAAAUCAUACCUCGUUCUUUUGAUUUACAUAACUCGACGUUUUGAGUGCUUUCCAGUUUGUUAAGCCUUAUUUCGUCUCCGUAUGUAAUAAAUUUGCGUUUAUAUCAGUUAAUGAAAUUAUAUUUAAUUAUUAGUUUUUAUAAGGAAAAUACAGAAGCUGAUUGGAUCUCCCAUUUUUGUUACGUCAUGUUAUACGCUUGAACAUUUAUGUGCGAGUAUUAAUUCUUAGUUCGUUAAAUUUAGUGAAUACCUUUUGUAUGUAUACGAACCGAUAUUGACAGAAACACGUGUAAUUUCUGCGAUUGGCCUAAGAUGGCCUAUAUCAGAAUCGAUUUGUUUGAAAAGUAUAGGAUAUACUAUGAAAGUCGCUAGAAGCGGUAUUUUGUAUGCGGAUUUAUUUGGUGUAGUAAGCGUUUAAUAAAUUGUCAGAUGACAGAUUUCUGGUGAUAUUCAAUGUAUUUGAUAUUCAGAGUAAGUGCUGUUACUACAAUAAGUUAUCGUUACAUUAGUUUAGCUUGUCGAUUAUAUCAUUCGUUCAUGAAAACAAGUUAAACUACCUAACAGUUUAAAGCAUAUGCAUAUAGUAGAUAUGCGAAUUUUGCCAUCUGUGUUAAUGUUAGCGUUUUUAAAAUAUUAUUAACGCGUUGAGACCAAUAAUUAUGUAAAUAAAUAUUUAUAUCAAA